AUGCCUUCGGUCGCCCUAUUUCAUGACGGUUCAGGCGACUUGCUGAAGCUAAUCAAAUGCCCUUUGGUGUAUCUUGACAGGCAGUACGACCCUGUGGCGAAACUCGGAGAGGAAGUCGUUUGGUUGAAAAACAUAAUUGAGAGCUUGCGUCUCGCGCUGGACCUACCUCCCAUGGAGAGCUCCCGCGUUACGGAGUACAAUCAGGAAACUUUAGAAUGUCUAAGACGAGAGCUGAAAAUCCUCCGAGUCGGACUUCAAGAGCGCGGCUGGCCUCCGUUCGUUCCGUUUCCCUUGGUUCAUGCUCGACCUCGUCUCCAGUACCCGGGCCUGGAAAAAGAAGCAUUCAUUGAGGUGCCUUGCGAAGGGCUCACUCCGCCGCUCAUCAGUCUAGUUCAGUCACUCGACAGCAAACGGAGAAGCAGAGAAUUCGAGGCUGCUCAGGUCGCUAAAAUGCUCGCCAUAGAAGAGUACCGUGAACGCAGACUGAACGCCAAACUGAAGGAAUUGGAAGAGAAGAAACAACGAGAGAUCGAAAACCAAAACUACCUCAAGGAAAAGGAGAGGAAGCGGGAGAUGCGCAACAGAUUCCUUCGCAAGCAACUCGAAGAGUACUACGGAAAGAAAGAGACCGCCAAGUGA